AUGGAGACUCUGGCUGCAGCGGAAAGCCUGCAAGUCCCAGCUCCACAGCUGUUUUCUCUCAAGGGAAAGCAUGCCUUCAUCACAGGUGGCUCUCGAGGCAUCGGUGCAGCCAUGGCCCAUGCCCUAGUCGAUGCUGGGGCAUCUAUCUGCCUCGCCAACCGCAGCGCAUCAGAUACGGCGACCGCGGAUGCCCUUCGGGCCAAGGGUGCCAGGGUCGAAAUCCUCGAAUGCGAUCUAGCCAAUAUGGAAGACGCCAAAAGCAUCUUCCAGAAGGCUGUUGAUGUGAUGGACGGCAAGAUCGACAUAGUCGUGAACUGCGGUGGUAUUUUAAAGCGCAAGGAAGCUGUUUCCGUAACGGAAGAAGACUGGGACAGUGUCAUCGAUGUCAACCUUAAAGCCCUAUUCCUCAUCUGCCAAGCAGCAGGUCGAUACAUGAUCCCGCGAAUGAGCGGCAAGAUCGUCAACGUGGCUUCGCUCAAUAGCUUUAUCGGCGGAGAGACUGUAGCCUCCUAUUCAUCUUCUAAAGGAGCUGUUGCACAGCUCACCAAGGCUCUCAGCAACGAAUGGUCAAAGUACAACAUUCAGGUGAACGCGAUUGCGCCAGGAAACAUUGCCACAGACAUUAAUACCGAUCUUCGAGCCGACCCGCAGCAGUACGCAGCUCGUGUUGCUAGAGUUCCAGCUGGACGAUGGGGCUAUCCCGCGGAUUUUGCCGGUCCCAUCUUGUUUCUCUGCAGUGAUGCAAGUCAGUAUGUGACAGGUUCGGUUCUGGUUGUUGAUGGCGGAUUUCUGGGAAGGUAG